AUGACCGAAGUCCCUGAGGAGGAGCUAGAAGGAGCUAUUCUGCCAUCUGACGGAGUUAUCAACUCUGCCGUUAGCUGUACCGAGGCCCAAGAGUCCCAAGGCUGCAUGGGUUCUAGUGGUGAGGCUAUUGAAUGCAUCUAUGCGAAUUCGGAUAGCCCAAAAUCGUAUAUCCAGUGCAAUGAUGCCAUCGCAUUCGUAUUGGAUCUUCUUGGUCCGGCUUGGCUUCUCCCCAGCGUCUUUCUCGUCGCGCAGACUUUUCUUCUCCUUCAUCUGACACCGACCCAGCGCACUACUAUCCUCAUCCGCAACAUCCCACAUCCUCCUCAACCCGCAGAUUAUCGCAAUCAACCGACGGAUCCACCUCCACAAGGCUCGAAGAUGUCCUACAACAAGCCGACCAGUCCACCCCCUUCCUACCAGGCCCCGGCCUAUUCCGGCAACUUCCACCAGAACGCAUCGAGUCCGAGUCCUGGCGCGGCGCAGGAUUACUACAGUAGCCCACAGCCCCAGGGCGGUUACUACCAGCAGCCCUAUGGUCCCCAGCAAGGCUACGGAUACCCGCAACAACAGGGUGGUUACUACGGACAGGGUCCGAUGCAAUAUCCUCAGCAGCAAGGGUAUCCGCCCCAGCAGUACCAGCAGCGAGGCCACCACAGCGGCGGCGGAUCCGGCGCCGGUGGCAUCUGUGCCGGUAUUAUGGCUGCUUUGGCAUGCUGCUGCUGCUUGGACAUCCUCUUCUAA